CGGUGGAAAGUCGCGCGCGCGGGUCUUCGUCACAGGAGCUUUGGCAUCGCUUAUAAAUAAUAGUCACCCAAUUGGUACCAACUUAUUAGCAAUCGAAUUUCCGUUCGCGUCGCGCGCGUUUCUCGAAAUCGGUCGUUGGAAUAGUGUUCAGCGCCAGUUUGGUGUCCAGAUCAUGUGGAUUAUUGGUUCAUCGGUGAAGUGAUAUCGUUUUUGAUCAGCUGAGAGUGAUUAAUUUUCAAAAGUGUAUUUCUUAAAAACUGUAAAAUUGGCUCCCAAACAGAAGAAUAUUUAUUCUAAUGUGCUUUCGCAAUCCGAUCUUAAACGAAUGCAUUAUCGAAGCACAUUUGGACUGUUAGUGCAGAAUCAGUGCCGCACGUUCCUACAAAUCAAAGAAAGCCCACACCGGAAGCGAGGAUUUCCCGGAGGAGAUAAAGCUUCCUGCAGCGGCUGGGGCGCCCACUAAACACAUCACCGAACUCUAUCAAGUGUGACGUGUGACUUCUACAGGCUCAAGGGCGCCAAUUAUUCCGUUCGCUUCCCAACGGAAAUAAAAGAAAUAAUCAACUUCUAAAGUGGCAUUGGGAAGCAAUCAGACAAUUUACUUACAAAGUAGUGUGAUAUAGUGCUAGUGAGAUAAAAACAAACGCAACAUAGUUCCAACAUACAAAAUAGUAUUCAACAAAACCUCAUUUACAACCAAAACAAAACUAUUAACCAAAAAACAACAACUCAAUCAGUGUUUCCCUAAAAAAAACUUUACGAUGUUAAAAUUUAUUAUUAUACUCGCCCUUGCCGCUGGUGCCCUCGGGGUCGAAUCCAAUGGGCAACCAACUUGUGGGAGCGAGGAAAUGGCACAUACCGGAGAGUUUACGCCCUAUGAUUACUCAGCUGUCGGGUUCAUGCUGGUAGUUUCACUUGGAAUCGGAGUAUUCUAUGGAUACUUUGGAAAGUCCAAGGAGGAAGCGGAGGUCACCGACUCCAACGAAUUCCUGUUGGGAUCCGGGAUGACUGUUUUUCCCGUCACCCUCAGUUUGACCACGAGUUUCAUCACUGCAAUCGAGCUUCUGGGAAAUCCCUCGGAAAUGUUUUUCAGUGGCACCCAGUACGCUCUGAUAGUUAUUUCCGCUCUGCUCGUCAUCCCCGUUGCCGUCAAGCUGUUCUUCCCGAUCUACUUCAAGAUGAACCUAACCAGUUGCUACGAAUAUUUGGGAGUGAGAUUUGACAGCAAGCUACGAGUUUUCGGUGCGAUUCUGUAUGUACUGCAGAUGUCGUUCUACACGUCGGUGGCCGUCCUGGCGCCCGCCAUCGCCCUCUCCAAAGCAACCGGUCUGGAUACGCAUAUUGCCGUGGCGCUGAUCUACUUCGUGUGUAUCUUCUACUCGUCGCAGGGCGGGAUGAAGGCUGUCGUCAUCGCAGACACAUUCCAGGCUUGCAUUCUGGCCAUUUCCCUGUUGUUGGUGGUGGGCCUCGGAACGUACUACACCGGAAGUCCCAUGGAAAUUUUCACGCGUGCUCAGGAGAGCGGCCGCAUUGAAUUAUUCAACACGAGCACCAAUCCGACCACCCGCCAUUCGGUGUACUCCGUGGUAAUCGGAGGGUUCUUCUAUUGGACAUCCCUGUUUUGCACAAAUCAGGCGUCGGUUCAAAAAUGUAUGUCAUUAAAAUCGAUGAAAAAGGCAAAACAGGCUAUUAGCUUCGCGAUUCUGGGAUUGGUGUUGGUUUUCCUGUUCAACUUCUACACGGGCCUGAUGACUUUCGCGCACUAUUCCCAGUGCGAUCCGCUGCGUUCGGGACAGAUCACCGAGAAGGACCAGCUGGUGCCGUUCUACGUGAUGGACGUUUUCGGGCAGAUUCCGUUCAUGACGGGCAUCUUCGUCGCGGGGAUCUUCGCUGCCAGUUUGGGGACUGUUGCUGCCGCACUCAAUUCGCUGUCGGCCGUCACUUGCGAGGAUCUUCUGGUGACCGGAUUCGGGAUAAAAAUUUCACCGGAACGGAGCUCACUCUACGCCAAGUGGAUGUCGCUGGGCUACGGAAUUUUCUCGUUUGCUCUGGUGUUUGUGGUGGAGCGUCUCGGCGGUAUUUUGCAGGCCACCCUCACCUUGAACGGACUGAUCGGAGGGGUGACGCUGGGGCUGUUCUCCCUGGGGAUGUUCUUCAGAUUUGCCAACAGCAAGGGCGCCCUGUACGGUGGGAUCCUCUCGCUGGCAUUUGUCAUCUACAUCGGAGUGAUGGCCCAAAUUGACGGAGAACCGGUGACGUUCCUGCCAACGUCGAUGGAAACCUGCAACUGCACUCAGUCAUCAUUGUCAGCUUCGUCGAUGCUGUCGGCGGAGCACUCCCGGGCGGCGAUGAUGGCAAUUGGCGACGGAGCGGCCACUAUGGCCCUGGUAGCGGCCGAGAAUCCGACCGGAGAGCUGUCAACUGCUGCCGCCUCCAUUCUGGUUGAUAAAGUGCUUCCUGCUGGAGCUGGUGCUUCUAUGGAAAUUAUGUCCCGCUCCACCACCGAUGAUUCUCCGCUGGCGUCUGUGUACCGGAUCAGCUACAUGUGGUACUCCUUCCUGGGAGCGUUCCUGACGGUGUUCUUCGGCUUAGUCAUUUCCCUGAUGACGGGAGGUGCCACCCUGUGCUGUCUUCCCACAAAUGUCGACGAUCUGCCGCCAGGCCAACGGGAUGGCAGUUACAACAUAGCGGAAAAGGAGGCAAGAAAAUCAAUUACCAGAGAUGGUUCCAUCCGAAUCAAGAUUGGUGCACCGAUGACGAUGAUGAUGAAAACCAGUGUCUCCGGCAAGAGCUGGAAGAAGGUGAAGGACGAUGGUAACAUAUUUGCAAUCGAAGGAUACUGUAAUCAAGCUUUGGACACCAAAAGCGCCGACUCCGUUCCCCCGUUGAGCCCCGCUCGUCUCGCCAAGGACAUCGAACGUGGAAAGUUUUAAUUACGGAUUUCAGAAUCUCGUCUCUGCGGCACGUUCCAACGUUGGGUGGGAUUACUCCGAGUCGUGGAAUGUGAGGCAAAAUUAUUCCAGUUUAAUCUUAUGGGCUUGCUCGAUCAAUUUCUAUUCCAAGUUUUACUUGCACAUGAAACAAAUAAUCAAUAAUUGAGAUGCACAUGCGCUAU